CAAGGACAAGGAAGCAGCUACUGGACCCAAGAAGGGCCAGUGCUAGGUGCUAGGGAGACAGAGGUGAAGAACCUGCCCUCUAGCAGCUGACAGUCUGGCAAAAAAAUAAGACAGAAUAAAAUAGACCCUGAUUUUGGAACCUGAAGACCAAAGUGCAAGAUUAGCUCUGCUACUGCCAUCUGUGGACCCUUGGGCAGGUAUCUCUGGGCCUUCACUUACUCUUUGUGAAAUGAGGACAGGGGCAAUCCCUACCCUACCAAGUCAUUGGGAGUGAGGACAGGAUGACACAGUGAUUGUGACAAGAUUUUGUCAAUCGCACCAGCAUUAAGGGUGCCCAUCUCCAGGUUCCCCCAGGCCUCAAGGCUCCCAAGGCCUGAGUGGGCGGGUAGCACCCAGGUAUAGACCUUCCACGUGCAGUAUCCAGGACACAGCCAGCAUGAACUGGGCAUUUCUGCAGGGCCUCCUGAGUGGCGUGAACAAGUACUCCACAGCGCUGAGCCGCAUCUGGCUGUCUGUGGUGUUCAUCUUUCGCGUGCUGGUGUACGUGGUGGCAGCGGAGGAGGUGUGGGACGAUGAGCAGAAGGACUUUGUCUGCAACACCAAGCAGCCCGGCUGCCCCAACGUCUGCUAUGACGAGUUCUUCCCCGUGUCCCACGUGCGCCUCUGGGCCCUGCAGCUCAUCCUGGUCACGUGCCCCUCACUGCUCGUGGUCAUGCACGUGGCCUACCGCGAGGAACGCGAGCGCAAGCACCACCUGAAACACGGGCCCAAUGCCCCGUCCCUGUACGACAACCCGAGCAAGAAGCGGGGCGGGCUGUGGUGGACGUACUUGCUGAGCCUCAUCUUCAAGGCCGCCGUGGACGCCGGCUUCCUCUAUAUCUUCCACCGCCUCUACAAGGAUUACGACAUGCCCCGCGUGGUGGCCUGCUCCGUAGAGCCUUGCCCCCACACUGUGGACUGUUACAUCUCCCGGCCCACAGAGAAGAAGGUCUUCACCUACUUCAUGGUGACCACAGCUGCCAUCUGCAUCCUGCUCAACCUCAGUGAAGUCUUCUACCUGGUGGGCAAGAGGUGCAUGGAGAUCUUCGGCCCCAGGCACCGGCGGUCUCGGCGCCGGGAACGCCUACCCGAUGAGUGCCCACCAUAUAUCCUCUCCCAGGGAGGGCACCCUGAGGAUGGGAACUCUGUCCUAAUGAAGGCUGGGUCGGCCCCAGUGGAUGCAGGUGGGUAUCCAUAACCUGCGAGAUCAGCAGAUAAGAUCACCAGGUCCCCCCCACCUGAGGCCACCCAGGAAAACAGGCAGGGGCAGUGGCAUCCUUCCGUAGCAGGGUGGUGAGGAGGGUGGCUGUGGGGGCUCAGGAAGCUCGCCCAGGGGCCAAUGUGGGAGGUUGGGGGUAGUUUGGUCCCCGGGUCCUGAGCCUCAGGGGAGGGAGGUUGAUGGCUAGUGGGGAUUUUGUAUAUAGCAACAGUGUAUGUCAAACCUCUUAAUAAAUAUGAUUUUCCCAGUACUUUGCAGACCAGGUGGGGAGUGGCCGAUAGGAAAACGGGUGGCGGGGGGGAUUAGGUGGACCUCAGAGAGGAUGCCGAGACUACUCAGUGAGCACCUGAGCACCGGAACCUCAGAUCCAGGCUCACCGAUCAGCCCCCGACACACACAGAGUGUGCACCCAGGACAUGGUGGGCUGCGCCUAAAGGCAGAGGCUACUCCAGGGGCCUCUGGGUUCUGCAACCAGCUGGCCAAAGCAGGAGGAGAGGAAUCCCAGGAGACCCUGUGCCCAGCAGGAGUCGGUUCUCAGUGAGUGUCCAUCACAGGAAUGAGCAUGGGUAGGGCCUCCCUAGCCCUGCCCAGCACAGGUCCCGGAUAAGUGAGUCCCCUCUGACGGUGGGA